UGGUCUCUGGUCAGUCGGUCGCUCCCUCACUCCCUCCGCCAUCGCUCCUCAGUCCUCACAUCCUCACAUCCUCAGAUAGACCUCACUUCAUCGACUUAGCUGUCCCAGCUGCGACCGUACGGUACGGGACUCAGGCACUCAGCGGCUCUGCGGACCUCACCUCAGCCUCGCCCUUCAGCCAGUCAGCCCUCUACGGCUUUGCUUCAUUGAGUCACUGUAACUCCGAGGCUCAAAAACUUGAGAAUAAAAACCAAAGAAGCUCUCUCUCCGUUUGAAGAGUCAGACUGGUAAUGGAUGAGCAACAGAGCUCACUUCUCCUUGAAUCCGCAGCUUGUUUUCCACCUCCCAAAGGAGUAAAACUAUCAUAUGGAACAUCAGGGUUCAGAGCUGAUUCGUCAGUACUUGAAUCAAUGGUCUUCCGGGUGGGGAUACUGGCUGCACUGAGGUCGCUCAAGACUGGGUCAGUGAUUGGCCUAAUGAUCACUGCGUCUCACAACAAGGUCUCUGAUAAUGGAGUCAAAGUGGCUGACCCAAGCGGUGGAAUGUUGACUCAAGAAUGGGAGCCCUUUGCCAACCAGCUUGCUAAUGCCCCAAAUCCUAGUUCACUUCUUGAGUUUAUAGUUGAUUUUGUGAAGAAGGAAAACAUUACGCUUAAUGGAAAACAGGAAGCAGUGGUAUUACUGGGGAGAGACACGAGGCCCAGUGGAGAGCGUCUCCUUGAGGCUGCAAAGCAAGGAGUUGCAUCAAUUGUGGGAGCCAUUGCCAAAGAUGUAGGAGUGGUGACAACCCCACAACUCCAUUGGAUGGUCCGUGCCAAAAACAAAGGCUUGGAAGCAUCUGAAUGUAGUUACUUUGAUCAACUUGCGAGCUCUUUCAGGUGUUUGAUGGAUUUGACACCCCAAAGAGAUCAGAGUAAUUUUGGGAAUGACAAAGUGAUUGUGGACGGCGCAGAUGGUGUAGGUGGAGAGAAGCUUGAAGAACUGAAGAAAUUGUUGUCUGAGAUCUGCAUUGAAGUUCGUAACCAUGGUGAUGGCGUUCUUAAUGAUGGGGUUGGCGCUGAUUUUGUGCAAAAAGACAAGAUUGUCCCACGCGGUUUUGAUCAUGAAGAUGUUGGGCUUCGGUGUGCUAGUCUGGAUGGCGAUGCUGAUAGGCUUGUUUAUUUUUCAGUAAAGUCAAAUGACAACAAAACAAUUGACCUUGUUGAUGGGGACAAAAUAUUAUCCCUGUUUGCUUUAUUUAUCAAGGAGCAAUUAAGUAUUUUGAACAAGAGAAUAGAUGGAGAAGGAAAUGAGUCUUGUCAACCACAGCUUGGUGUUGUUCAGACAGCAUAUGCAAAUGGGGCAUCUACUGAUUACCUAAAGUUGAUGGGCCUAGAUGUUGUGCUUACACCAACUGGGGUGAAAUACUUGCAUGAGAAAGCUGCAGAGUUUGAUAUUGGUAUUUAUUUUGAGGCAAAUGGGCAUGGAACCAUCUUGUUUUCAGAAGCAUUCUUACACUGGUUGGAGAGUAGAAAUAGUGCAUAUUUAUCGACAUCUGAAGGUUCAGAAGAACAGAGGGCUGCUUUGAGACUUUUGGCUGUUAGUAAGUUGAUUAAUCAAGCUGUAGGGGAUGCUUUAAGUGGUUUGCUUUUGGUGGAGGCUAUCCUACACCAUAUGGGAUGGUCCAUCUACAAAUGGAAUGAGCUUUAUAACGAUCUGCCUAGCCGACAACUUAAGGUCAAAGUAGUUGACAGAACUGCAAUUGUCACUUCAAAUGCUGAGACAGUGGUUGUUACACCUACCGGUAUUCAGGAAGCAAUAAAUAUUGAAACUGAAAAAUACCCUCGAGGAAGAUGUUUUGUUAGGCCAUCUGGAACAGAAGACGUCGUGAGAGUAUAUGCUGAAGCAACCACUCAGGAAGGAGCAGACGCCCUGGCCAAUUCGGUGGCCAGACUUGUGGAACACCAUCUUGGAUCCAAAUGAAUUUGUCUUGCACUCUUGGUUUUAGGUAAUUUGGAUUUCAUAAACUUAUAUUAUAUUAUGGCAGUAACAUUGGUACUGAAGUGAAUACAACAUCUUUGAUAACAAAUUGUUGCCUCAAUCAGAAGAGAUGUGUCAAGCUUGAUAGUGUUUAAGCUUGAUUCUUGUUUAUUCAAAUAAUAGACUUAGUUGAUCACAUGUUGUCAUUUGUCAUUAUCAUUUUAAAAGAAUGAAUAAAUGUUAUGCAUUGUAAGGGUUUAUAAAGCUGGGAGUGUGCUUAGCUUUUGCCUUUAAGGGCAGAAAAAGAGCAGAUUUCUACAAAAAUUCAAUUUUAGAGUC